AUGUCGACUCUCACGCGCGCUUUCACCAAACGCCACAAGCGACCGGAAGUAUCGGCACCCAUGCCAUACCGCGAGGAGAAAGCCAAGGGCCAUUCGCGCUUCAAUUCCGGCUCCAUCAAGCGCAGCAACAUCUCUGGUCCUGUUCAGCUGAUCUCCACUACCAAUAUGUUGGCUUACAACGCGCCUGAUUUGGGUUCCAUCGCGCAAUCCCCGGUGUCUUCUUCUUCUUCCUCUUCCAUGCGAUCGCGUGGUAACUCCGACGUUGCUGUUUCCCCACACAGUUACUCCUCAGCCAUCACUACCCCCGAUGUCUCCCAGAACACUUCUCCCAUCGACGGGAGCCCGACUUCGUACUUCCCCAAGCGGUCGGCAACAGUCACCAGCGCCCCACGCUCCUCCACUACAUCGACCUCUUCAACGGAGGCACCGGUUGUUCCCACGCGAGCUCUCUCACACACCAAGCGAUCUCACCAAGAUCUUGCACGCAAGCGCUCCCAGUCCGGAAUGUCUCCACCAACCUUAAGCGCGCCACGCAGCAAUCCUACGCUCGGCGCAUCGCUAGAGAUGUUCAAGGCUACACCUGAGUCGCAUCCGUUCAGCAAAGAGCUAGCGCAGGUCAAUGAGGUGGCCGAGGAGUUCGGUGGUCCCCACGUACUGGAUGAGGACGAACUAUACCUUACUCGCAAGGGACUGCACAAAUUCACCGUCGAUGACUACCUUGCCGAAAUCGAGGAGUUAUAUGGAAGUGUCUUUGACAAUAAGCUUGGACCCAUUAGUGCGGGUCCGUGGCUGUAA